CACACCCAUCUCCUCUCCGCUCUCUUCGCCUCGCUCUCGUGGUCUGUCCAUCCCAUCCAUCAUCCCGCCAGCCACCACUAAGAACACCUUCCACCAUGGCCACCUCAGCAAGUUCCCACCUGAACAAAAGCAUCAAGCAAAUGUGCAUGUCCCUGCCCCAGGGUGAGAAAGUCCAGGCCAUAUAUAUCUGGGUUGAUGGGACCGGCGAAGGGCUGCGCUGCAAGACCCGCACCCUGGACUGCGAGCCCAAGUGUGUAGAAUUACCCGAGUGGAAUUCCGACGUCUCUAGUACCUUUCAGUCUGAGGGCUCCAACAGUGACAUGUAUCUCAGGCCGGUCGCCAUGUUCUGGGACCCCUUUUGCAAAGAGCCCAACAAGUUGGUGUUCUUUGAAGUUUUCAAAUAUAACCGGAAGCCUGCAGAGUCCAAUCUAAGACACAACUGUAAAUGGAUAAUGGACAUGUUGAUCAAUCAGCACCCCUGGUUUGGAAUGGAACAGGAUUAUACUCUCAUGGGAACAGAUGGACACCCUUUUGGUUGGCCUUCCAAUGGCUUCCCUGGGCCCCAAGAUCCAUACUACUGUGGUGUGGGAGCAGACAAAGCCUAUGCCAGGGACAUCGUGGAGGCUCACUACCGGGCCUGCUUGUAUGCUGGAGUCAAGAUUACAGGAACAAAUGCCGAGGUCAUGCCUGCCCAGUGGGAAUUCCAAAUAGGACCCCGUGAAGGAAUCCGCAUGGGAGAUCAUCUCUGGGUGACCCGUUUCAUCUUGCAUCGUGUGUGUGAAGACUUCGGGGUGAUAGCAACCUUUGAUCCCAAGCCCAUUCCUGGGAACUGGAACGGUGCCGGCUGCCAUACUAACUUUAGCAAGGCCAUGCGGGAGGAGAAAGGUCUGAAGUACAUCGAGGAGCCCAUUGAGAAACUAAGCAAGCGGCACCAGUACCACAUUCGCACCUACGAUCCCAAGGGGGGCCUGGACAAUGCCCGGCGCCUGACUGGAAUCCAUGAAACCUCCAACAUCAACGACUUUUCUGCUGGCGUUGCCAACCGCAGUGCCAGCAUCCGCAUUCCCUGGACUGUUGGCCAGAAGAGGGGCUACUUUGAAGACCGUCGCCCUUCUGCCAACUGUGACCCCUUGGCCGUGACAGAGGCCAUUGUCCGCACUUGCGUUCUCAACGAGACUGGCGAUGAGCCGUUCCAAUACAAGAACUAAGUGGACUAGGCUUUGAGUGAUCCUGAGCCCUUCCUAAUCAUCCCACCCCAACUCUUUCCUGUCCCAGCUCUGCCCCCACUGUAACUCAAAGGAUGGAAUAUCAAGGUCUUUUUAUUCCUCAUGCCCAGUUAAUCUUGCUUUCAUUGGUCAGAAUAGAGGGGUCAAAUCCUUAAUCUCUACACACCCAUCCCUCAUCUUUUUUUUUCUAUCUAGCUUUUUAGUGGGGGAGGGGGAGGGGAAGGGAAGGUAACCACUGCUUCAUCUCAUCAGGAAUGCAUGUCCAGUAGGCAUAGCUGUCACAGAGCGGGUAUAUUUGUGAGAGGAGGAAUUUUUCUUCAGGAUAGUUGAAAGCACGGGUCCACUGCUUGGGUUGACGAUUCCCUGUUGGUGGAGAGCUGUUAGUUCUUCCGGUAAAACUGACUUUCUGUUCCCACUGGAAGUUAGGUGAGGAGCAGUUGGAGGGUGCUCCUUUGUACCCUGUUUCCCUUGCUUGGGGGAGUUUAUGCCCUCCAUGAAGACAGCUCAGUGUGUCGCCUGAUGGACAGGACAGCCCUGCUGUA